GAUGAGCAUUGUUCCCAAAGAGACGAUCGAAGUCAUCGCGCAGAGCAUUGGGAUCAACAACCUCUCUCCCGAUGCCGCUUUCGCCCUCGCUCCCGAUGUCGAAUACCGCAUGCGCCAGAUUAUGCAGGAGGCGAUUAAGUGCAUGCGACAUUCUAAGAGAACCAUUUUGACUGCGGAUGACGUUGAUGCCGCCCUCAAUUUGAAGAAUGUUGAACCAAUUUAUGGAUUUGCAUCUGGUGGCCCUUUACGGUUCAAAAGAGCUGUUGGACACAGAGACUUGUUUUAUAUUGAUGACAAGGAUGUAGAUUUAAAAGAUGUUAUUGAAGCUUCUUUACCAAAAGCACCCCUUGAUACCACAAUUACAUGUCACUGGCUUGCCAUUGAAGGUGUGCAACCAGCUAUUCCGGAAAAUGCCCCUGUAGAAGUAAUUUCAGCUCCUUCUGAUGUCAAAAAGCAUGAGCAGAAAGAUGAUAACCUUCCAGUUGACAUUAAAUUGCCUGUUAAGCAUGUAUUAUCUAGAGAGCUUCAGCUAUAUUUUGACAAAGUGGCUGAGCUUACUUUGAGUGAGUCUGAUUCAGUUCUGUUUAAAGAAGCAUUAGUAAGUUUGGCUACUGAUUCUGGACUUCAUCCAUUAGUUCCUUAUUUCACCUGCUUCAUAGCUGAUGAGGUUUCACGUGGUUUGAAUAAUUAUCCUCUUCUAUUUGCCUUGAUGCGAGUUGUUAGUAGCCUUCUGCAAAACCCUCAUAUCCAUAUUGAGCCUUAUCUACACCAGUUGAUGCCAUCUGUUGUGACCUGCCUUGUUGCUAAACGAUUGGGCAGUAGGUUGGCAGACAACCAUUGGGAACUUAGAGACUUUACGGCUAACCUGGUUGCCUCAAUAUGCAAAAGGUUUGGACAUGUUUAUAGUAAUCUCCAGUCGCGGUUGACAAAAACAUUGUUGAAUGCAUUCUUGGAUCCCAAGAAGGCAAUGACUCAACACUAUGGUGCAAUUCAGGGGUUAGGAGCACUGGGACCCAAUGUGGUUCGCCUUCUUUUGCUGCCAAACCUUGAAACAUAUAUGCGACUUCUUGAACCAGAAAUGCUUCUUGAGAAGCAGAAAAAUGAAAUGAAAAGGCAUGAAGCUUGGCGUGUUUAUGGAGCUUUGCUGCGUGCUGCAGGUCAGUGUAUAUAUGAUCGACUAAGGAUGUUCCCAACUUUUCCAUCUCCUCCUCUUCAUGCUGUCUGGAAGACCAAUGCAAAAGUUCUUACUUCAACUCGUAAACGCAAGGCAAGCCCUGAGCAAUUGGAAAUGCAGCCACCUUUGAAGAAAACUGCUACUGAUGGUGAGAUUGGUGUGGUUCUAAUGAAUUCCUCACCAGUUCAUAAACAAGAGGAGGCAGGGAAUCAAGCUUCUUCAGUUGAUUCAAUAAUUGGCACAUCAUCUUCUGGACAGACGAAAAAUGAGACUACUCUAGAUGGUGAAGUUAGAAGUAACAGGGGUGAUACUCAAGCAUUGAAGACAUCUGCUGCUCUCACCCAGGUUUGGAAGGAAGAGCUUAAUUCAGGACGUAUCCUGGUAUCACUGCAUGAGUUGUUUGGUGAAGGCAUUCUUUCCUUCAUUCAGGCUCCUGAGAUGUAUAUGUUCUUGUAAUGUAGGGAGUAUUGUAGAAAUUUUAUGGAUAGAGCAUGGAUAACCCAUUGACGUAACUUCGAGAACAAACUAAAUAUAUAAAACAUACUAAUUUUAUGUCUGGUGAAA